GAGAGCCAAAACGAGUCACUCACUAUCGCCCGUGGACUAGCGCGCGAGCCUCUCUCCUCCAGUCCUGUAGCGAGUCUUCAGUGUAUACGUUCAGCCUCACUCACAACACCAAACAUGGCGGAGGAAGAGGGAAUCAUCAAGGCUCUUGUGUGCGCUUAUUUGAAUGAGAAGGACAAGUCUCUCGGCCAGUCGGUGGAGAAGAAGCUCAAUCCGCCAAAGUUAACAAAAAGCUCCCCAUCAGUCACAGAAAUCGUCAAACAUUUCCUCAAAACCUCACCGAACAAACGCCGACUGAGCUUUGAAACCCCAGCAGCCAAGAAAGCCCGCAAAGAAUCUAGUUCAAGCUCAGAAGAGGAUGAAACUCCUCCUAAGAAGGCAGCAACCCCUCUCGUUAAUGGCAAAGGACCGAAGGCUGCAGCAAAACCGAAGAAGGCAGAGUCAAGUUCUUCUGAGGAUUCCGAGUCGGAUUCAGACGAUUCUGAUGCACCUCCCAAGAAGAAGGUUGCUGUAGCAGCCCCAGCAGCAGCUGCCACACCCAAGGCAGCAGCAAAGGCUCCUCCCAAGAAGCCCUCUGAGAGUAGUAGUGAAGAGAGCAGUUCUGAAGAUGAAGCCCCUGCAAAGGCACCUGUCAAAGCUGUGCCAGCCAAACCUGCAACACCUGCUAGCAAGCCUGCAGCAAAGAAGGCUGAAUCAAGUUCUGAAGAGUCAAGUUCUGAUGAGGAGGAUGAACCUGCUAAGCCAGCUGUCAAGAAACCAGCCACACCUGCACAGAAAACUACCACUCCUGCAAAACCAGCAGUUGCAGUUAAAAAGGCAGAAUCCUCCAGUUCGGAAGAGUCCAGCUCAGAGGAUGAUGAACCUGCAAAGCCAGCUACACCUGCACAGAAGGCUGCCACACCUGCAAAGAAGCCAGCUGCUGCAGCUGCUGCAAAGAAGGCAGAAUCAUCUAGUUCGGAAGAAUCUAGCUCUGAAGAUGAUGAACCUGCAAAGCCAGCUGCCAAGAAACCAGCCAUUCCUGCUAAGAAGCCAGCUGCUGCAGCUGCUGCAAAGAAAGAAUCUUCCAGUUCAGAGGAAUCUAGCUCUGAAGAUGAGGAACCUGCCAAACCAGCUGUGAAAAAGCCAGCAACACCUGCACAGAAGGCUGCUACUCCUGCCAAGAAGCCAGCUGCUGCAGCUGCUGCAAAGAAAGCAGAAUCUUCCAGUUCAGAGGAAUCUAGUUCUGAAGAUGAGGAGCCUGCCAAACCAGCUGUGAAAAAGCCAGCAACACCUGCACAGAAGGCUGCUACACCUGCAAAGAAGGCAGAAUCUUCCAGUUCGGAAGAAUCUAGUUCAGAGGAUGAUGAACCAGCUAAACCAGUUGUAAAGAAGCCUGCUACACCAGCACAAAAGGCUGCCACUCCUGCAAAGAAGGCAGAAUCAUCCAGUUCAGAAGAGUCUAGUUCUGAGGAGGAUGAACCUGCAAAGCCAACUGUGAAGAAACCAGCCACACCUGCACAGAAGGCUGCCACUCCUGCCAAGAAGCCAGCUGCUGCAGCUGCUGCAAAGAAGGCAGAAUCUUCCAGUUCCGAAGAAUCUAGUUCUGAGGAUGAUGAGCCAGCUAAACCAGCAGUGAAGAAGCCAGCUACCCCUGUGCAGAAGCCAGCUGCUGCCAAGAAGGCCGAAUCCAGCUCUGAAGAAUCAAGCUCAGAUGAGGAUGAUGAGCCAGCCAAGCCAGCUGUGCAAAAGCCAGUUGUAAAACCAGCUGCUGCAGCCAAGAAGGCAGAAAGUAGCUCAGAAGACUCCUCAGACUCUGAUUCUGAUGAAAAACCUGCCAAGCCUGUGAUCAAGCCUGCUGCCCCUGCUAAGAAGGAAAUGUCUAGCUCAGAAGACAGCUCAGAUGAUGAAGAACCCGCCAAACCAGCAGCCAAGCCGGCAGCUGCACCCAAGAAAGCUGCAAAGGAGUCUAGCUCUGAGGAGUCCACCAGCGAGGAGGAGGAAGAGGAGACUCCAGUUGUGAAGACUCCAGCAGCAAAGAUGACCAAUGGCACAGUGGAGAAUUCUCAUAACACUUCCUGGAAUGGAUCUCUGAAUACGUCACUCAAUACCUCAGGUGGUAAAGUCAAAAAAGAACCUUUCAGGAGGGUACGGGCAGAGGAAAUGGAGAUCAACCCUAAGUUUAACAACUCCUUUGAAGCCAAGCAAGGUGCAAGAGGAUGUUGGGGUGAAGGUGCCUACAGAACCCUCAAGGACACUCGAGGAAAAACUUUCCGUCAUGAAAAGAACAAGAAGAAGAAAGGCUCCUACCGAGGAGGCAUAUUGGACACGGCUGUCAACUCCAUCAAGUUCGACUCGGAUUGAUAGAACCGUUUCCCAUGUGAAGCACCUCUCCCCCCCACCCCACCUACCUUCAGGCAAAUCAGACCUUUAUCCAUGGGCUGCCCGGAGUUAUGGAUAACUGUUAGAGAAUGGCCAAGGGCAGAGAUGCAGCCACACAACUCUCUGCUGGUGGUUUCACAUGAAUUAGUGUGUGUGUGGAAGCUCAUGUGAUAUAUAUAUAUUUACAAAGCAGAUACGUUACUGUGUGGGAGUUGUUUAUUUGUUGAUGUUUAAGAAGAGAGUGCGUAAAGUGGCAAACUUCAAAGUGACAAGGAAGUGUUUUUUUGCUAGUGACACAUUCUUGUGUGUUUGAAUCUGUAAUUGAGCUACAGGUCUUAGCUUUUGCGGAAGUGCAGUGAGCCCGACAAGGUCUCAGUGUGAACAAUUUCCUCGGUUUUGUGAACCUGUAACGAAGGAGAAAGUCCAGUCUGGGAGGGCGUUUAGGGCUAUAGAUUGUCAGAUAGGAGAAUUAAAAAAUUGUAUUUUUUUAGAAGUUAUUGCUAUAAUACUAAAAAAAGAAAGAAAAGGUUUCAUUUUGUUCUAUGCACUGCAGCCAUAGAUAUUGUUAGGGUUAUACAUACUUGUACAUUUCCACUUUUGACGGAAAAGAAAAAUUGUGAUUAUAACCCCAACAUUUUAUUUGGUGCAAAUAGGAAGAGAAAUCUGUUUCUCUAAAGUAUUUACAUAAUAGUUUGUGUACAUAGAUGAGAUAGCAGUUUCGGUUGUACCAUUGAUAACAUAUUUUGAAAUUUGAGUUUGGUGCAAAGCUUGUGGAUAUUUUUUUUUUUUUUUUUUUUUCUUUUUUCUUUUUCUUUCUUUUUCUUUUUUUUCUGAUUUUUCAUUUUAAAAAAAAUGGCCCCUUGAUUUAUAAAGUUACCUUGUUAAGUUUAUGGCUCAAAGAUAUAUUGUUUUCUUAUCCAAACUGUUCAGCAGUUUGGGAAAAAUUGCACGUUUCCUCCUAUCUCAGUAUUUAAUAUGUUCCAGAAACAAUUGUAACUACGCAAGUAGUUAUGUCAAUGACUGUUUAGAAACAUAAAUUAAAUGUUUAUACGUAUGUUU